CGGCACGAGAGCCUAACCAUGUCGGGCCUAACCGGUGUUGAGCCGCACGCGAGUAAUACUCGAUUCUACACGGAAUCGCGCAUUUCUUUGGAACGGGCGGAUCGUAGAGAAGGGAACUUUUGAAAAAGUUUAAUCGAUAGUUACACGUCGUUAUUGUUUUUAAUGCGAGCUCUCGCAAACCUCGGCGAUGUCGUCGAUAUCAGGUGAAACGUUUACCUCGACGUCCAGCAGAGACAGAAACGAUGAAUUUCGGAAAGAGUGGAGAAAAUCACACUUGUGCCAAUGACAAUAUCGUACGGUAUAAAGGCGGUCUAAAUACGAUCGUUAGCUUUGAGCAAAGCUAAAAGUUAUGUAAAACGUGGACGAGUGCAACGCGUUUAUCCUCCUAGGUCGGAUAAUACUCGAGGCGUGGGAAAGAGCUCGAUCGUCGAUAAUUCCGCUCCUGUGAGAAUUGUCUCUAAUCGUGGAAUCCAUUUACAGACCGAUUGGAAAGGAGUGUUUUUAAUAUGCCUCGGUACAUCGGGAAUUUGUGCUUUACUGCUAUAUUAUUAUUAAUUGUUCAUAUCAGCGGUCAGCAGGACGAAGAUAUACCCCAUAAUGAAGUGAAGAACUGGGCUCUAAAAUUUGGUGUGGACCUUUGGGCAUUCGGGAAACAAGUCACCAGAAUAAGCGAGAUACAAAGAAAAUAUCAUAACGUGGAUGCCGAUAUCACAAGGAAGGAUGGGCUCGUGCUAGUCCGUGAUAUGGCGGUUGAAGUUAAAAAUAUGAUGGAUUUCAAAAUUAAUGCUAUAAUGAGGUUAAUGGACAGCGCCGAACAAGCUGCAAAGGAGGGUAUCGUCUUCCCUAAAUAUGCUUCUCAUCAGUCGAAUGUAGGUAAAACGAAAGUUGAUGCCGGAUCAGUGAUGACUCCUAAUCGACACUUUGAUCAUCUGAUCGUUAACGUGAAUCUGUCCGAAGUAUUACUACCGGAGGGGAUCGGAAACGACGAAAGCCAAGUAGCAACGGGUAUCCAGUGGAGCGAGUUCUUGAAUCCUCUGUUCGUUAAUAAUUACAACAGCGAUCCCUCGCUUUCUUGGCAAUAUUACGGGGAUAGUUCCGGUUUCUUGCGUCGUUUUCCUGCGAUAUCUCAGGUAUCCGGGGACAUACCCUUUCACAGUACUCUGGACAGUACACGGGGGUUCGAUGAAUUUCGAAUUUCGAAUUGGUUCGUCGGUGCGGCUACCAGUCCAAAAGAUCUUGCCAUCCUGAUCGAUAGUGCGAGCUUUUCACCGGGACGAAUUCGGGAUUUGACCAUUGAAACGACGAAAGUCAUUUUGGAUACUUUGGGGCCGGAUGACUUCGUCAAUGUAUAUAGAUAUGCCGAGACUACCGAAGAAAUCGUCCAAUGUUUCAAGGAUCUCAUGGUGCAAGCGUCCCCGGAAAAUAUUCGAGAAUUGAAAUUCGCUAUAGAGACAGUAUUACCUGACACCAAGGCGAACAUAUCCGCGGCGUUUAACGUAGCCUUUAAUAUUCUACACAAGUAUAACCGAACUGGCCAAGGCAGUCAGUGUAACCAAGUUAUCUUGUUAUUGACUUCUGAGGCGAGAGAGGCUCCUAUGGAAUUAAUAAAAAAGUACAAUUGGCCUCAUAUGCCAGUUAGAAUAUUUGUAUAUCAGAUCGGAGGAGGAAGAAGUCCAGAGCUUCAGAGCGUAGCUUGUACAAAUAAAGGUCAUUACUCAAGGAUUACAAGUAUCAAAGAAAUAACUACAAAUGUCUUCGAUUACGUUAAGGUACUCGCACGUCCUAUGGUGUUAUAUCAACACGAUCAUCCUAUUCAUUGGAGUCCUGUUCAUGUGACAGGAAAGAUCAAUAAAUAUACUAAAGAAUAUUCGGCGCAACUUAUGACAUCCGUAACCGCACCUAUAUUAGAUCGCCGAAAUCAUACGGUAAAAUCCGCAAAAAUAUUAGGGGUAGUUGGAACGGAUGUACCUGUGGAACAGGUGCAGAAGCUAGUACCUGCGUACAAGCUCGGCGUGAAUGGAUAUUCUUUCAUAGUUGACAAUAAUGGCCGCGUUCUGUAUCAUCCAGAUUUGCGUCCAACGCACGAUGAGUCUUCCAUACCUAGAUUUGUAGGCGUGGAUUUAACUGAAGUUGAGCUUGCCGAUUACGAUGGACCAUUCCAUCCUGUGAAUAACUCCUUUUUACUCGACCUCCGACGCGAUAUGAUCGAACAAAAAGAAGGAGAAACUGAUUUUGCAGUCAAAAUACAUUACGACAAUAUGAAAAGAGUCGUAAUUAGGCGGCACAAUUACUUUUACACGCCGAUAGAAGGUACUCCUUUCUCUCUGGGGUUGGCGCUGCCAGAAAAUUAUGGAAUGUAUGAAUUACUGGCAGAGCAGGAAAUAAAACACGCAACAAUAAAUGUGACUGAAUACUUUAAUGGAACGAAUUGGAAAGUUCACCCUGACUGGGUGUAUUGUGAGUACAGCGCUUCCUCUGAAAAAAUAUUUGCCACCCCAGAAGAGCAAAUACUUCACUUCCUGGGCCGCUCGCGUCAGCCUGGUUGGAAGUGGAUGUCUUUGAGACCAAGGAGUCCAAGCUCGCAUCAUAAGCAAGCGAGCAUACCUGACAAAGACGCAUAUUACUGCGAUAAGACGUUGGUGCAGUCACUGGUUUUAGAUGCCCUAGUGACGGAAGGAUUUGGCAGAAGUGACGGAACUGCUUUGCAUAAAGAGGAGAAUCAAAACCCAAUUGCCAUACUGAUGGCUCUUCUGCACAGCCAAGGGAAAGGAAGAUUUGGAGUAACCCGUAGCUUUAUAGCAACCAGAAGUGGCCUUCUCCGAUGGCACGAUCAUCAGCAAAAUGAAGAGAUAACGGAUCCUCGGCAUUUCGCGAAUGUAUAUACAAGAGCCAUGGAAGCAUCGUGGUAUAGAAGAGCUGUUGACCAACACGACGUCGAACCUGAGAGUUUCGUAUUCAGUGUUCCAUUUAAUGCCGCUGAGAGUACUUCACCGCUGGUUACCGCUACGCACGCCGUUUUCGUAGAAAGCAAAGGACAUCAGGCACCAGCUGCGGUUGUAGGAUUGCAAUUUCGACACUCCUCAUUGGCAUCUCAUUUUCUGAACGUUACAUCGACCUGCUCCGGGAAAUCAGGUUGCAAGAAGAACUGUGCAUCGGAAGAACUGGACUGUUACAUUUUGGACAAUAAUGGCUUUAUUAUAAUCAGUGAGCAAAAUGAACACACAGGGAAAUUUUUCGGAGAAAUAGACGGCACUAUCAUGGACUCCCUCGUACAAGACCGGAUAUACAGGAAAGUGGCAGUAACGGACUAUCAGGGUUCGUGCUAUCCACAGGAAUCUCACAUUUCCUCAGCUACUACGACGAUUUCUCAGUCGAUCGCCAAUAUGAUUUCAAUAUUUGGAAGUUUUCUUUUAGACAUGACAUUCCGAUGGUGUUUCCAUGGCAUAUGGUUACCAACUUGGGGGUUGUCAGAAGAAAUACAAAGUAAUGAUAAUCACAUAUAUACCGAUGAUGACCGGAUGCAACAUUUCGGACCACGAGCAACCGAUUCAACCGAUCGACCGUUCCUAAAUAAUGAAGAAUUUGCUACGACCCCUGAUGCAAUUUUAACUUCGCCAUUCAACCCAGCAGGAAACUCAUCGGGAACGCACAAUUAUCCAUACAGAUUAAGUUCAUGCGAGAAGAAAACAGAUCUUUACAUUUUACAGCCAGAGCGACUUAAUACCAGCGGUCAAAGUAAUCCACUCAAAGGGAAACUUACUAAUUGCCAUGUAACUGGCUGUGAAAGACCCUUUAGUGUGCAGAAGAUUCAGCAUACUAACUUAAUUCUACUGGUAGUAGACACAUUAUGUCCUUGUGGAAGCAAGAGGCUUACUAUCGAACCUGUACAAGUUGAUAUUCAAUCAGGGGCAUGCACUACUCGAACGGAACAUCUGUAUCGCCGGAGGCCACCAAAGUGUAUAAAUUACCACCCUGAAGAAAUGGAGAUCAAAUUUUGUGGCGGAGUACAUCGUUACGUGCUAACAUUAGAUUUGUUUAUCAUUACACUCCUAUUAAACUUCACAUGACUUAUGACAAGUUAAUAAACAUAUUCAAAAUGA